AUGAUGACCACUUUUUUGAGGAGCUUACUGGUAUGGCUUGCUACAUUGAUUGUUGUCAUUGCAGCUCAUAUGCCCGGAAAUAAUGUCGCACUGCGAACUCGGAAUGGCCCUGGAAUGAGCGACGCAGAUACUCUAUAUACAGUGCGAAGAGCCUUGGACCAUGUCAGACUUCAAUCUCGCAAUAGCAAGUACUCUAUGAACAGGACUUCUAUCUCAAAAAGCUGGGUAGGCGCUACUCUGUUUCAAUAUAGUGAAGAAAGCAGCAGCAACACUACCGCCGGAUCAGACCGUCUAUCAUCGGAAUACAGCGCUGGGAUCGAAAUAAUCUGUACUAUGUGUUAUAUCAACGGUUCCGUGACAGGCGACUUGACACUUGCCGGCGAUUUCAACUUCACAGCCGCAGUAAAUACCGUGAAGAGCGAAUUGAGAAAUGUCACCGACACAGCAUUCCAUCAAUUCGAGCAGUACGUCGAGGAAGUGGCCAAGGAUAUAAGCAAAGAAAUCAUCACUUUGAACGCUACUACUCUCCCAGAUUGGCCGACACUGGAUGUCAAUUUGGAUUUGAAUAAUGCGACGGGUCUACCAGGUGCUCAUAUACACUUUGAGUUCGACAAUCUAGAGCUCUAUCUCGACCUUGGUAUCAAACUCUCAGCAGGUGCUACGUAUACGCUUAACUUGUAUACAUCUGAGACGCCAGCGGGCAUUUCUGUACCGGGGCUUAAGAUGGGAGCAGUAUUUAGUGUGGAUUUGAUCUUGAUUUCUGAUACGGAGAUUGAUAUUGGGAGUGGUAUUCAUAUCAAACUCGACGAUGGAGUUGCUUUUGAUUUGGAGAUGUUUAAUAGGAAUGUGUCGAGAGUCACAAUUCCUGGCGGAGCUUAUGAAUUCCUACCCAUCACAAUCGGUGGCGAAGGAUCCAUACAAGCCCUUUUGAGCCUCAAAGCUAGUCUUGGGGUAGAAGUUGAUACACCAAAACCGACUUCCGACUUCGACUUUGAGUUCAACGCCGGUAUCGAGACGGAUGUAUUUGCCUACGUCGCUGAUUUCCUGAUGCAAGUCAACGGCUCCUCUACCACUGACAGUGGUGAUUGUGAGCUGGUUGCUGUCGCAGAAUAUACGUAUGCUGUAGGUGCAGCAGCUGGAGCGACAGUUGCAGUUGAUAAGUCAUUUUCAUGGGGUCCAUCACCUAAUACCACUGUACCAAUAUGGUAUACGACGCUGGCUAGCAUUUGUGCCGCAACAAAGACGUCUACGUCGGCGCCCGCGUCGUUGAUUACUCCUCGGGCAGAAUUAAAUCAACCAGGGGAUUCCUCCUUAACAACAACUACAUCGACAACAACAUAUCAGAUCGUCAAUUGCAUGUCUUCAGGAAUGAUUAAUUGUCCCAUUAACCUCCAGAAUACAACAACCUACCAAGCCGUCGUUACAUCGGCUCUCUCUAUAGAAUCAGGGUCAGUGGUGACACUGCCAACGACCGGAGUUUCAGCACUUGCGACCGGAAUUCCAUUUGGUUCAAAAUCAUAUAAACUUCAGGCUGUCUCUGGGACGCCUAUAUCGUACGUCCCUCCGCCGCCAUCUAGUACCUCAGCUACGACAUCUUCGACGUCAAUAUCGAGUCCGGGAGGAGUUGGAAGUGGCUUACUUGGUGUAGACAAGAAUAACAAGCUCAUAAUCGGCCUGAGUGUUGGUUUGGGUGUUCCAUUUCUGGCAGCUCUAUUGAUAGGCUUUGGGUAUUACAUCCGCCAUCGUAGAAAGUACUCGGAGGUUUCUCAAAGGGAGAACAUAGCACCGAGUCCGGAAAUCACAGAAAGCAACUCUCCAGCCUCGUCUCGCAUGAAGAAAGGUCCAUUCAUAUCGGUGACACAGGCAGAUUGAUACGUAGUAGAUUUAUGAGGACAUUUGCAUGAUAAUCUGUGUUAGAAUAA